GUUCACAGUGAGGACUGCGAGGCCUUACAAAUGCGGCCGUCCCCUGCCGCCAGCCCGUCGAAUGCUUUGGCCCCGCGAGGCUCACGAGGGCGAAGUCUAUGUGCAGGAUCUUCGAGACAACCGCCGUUUCAGGUCUGUCUCAAACCGACGGGCUAUUCAAGCGAUGAACAGCAAAGCAGGUGCCAAAGAACGAGACCGAGAAGGACUCGGUGCACCAACCCUGAGGUCCAGUCGAAGCUCCGCGCUGAACCUGCAGUCGCUUGUGUUGCUCGACAGCGAUGUCAGCAAGUUGACUCUGCUGGACCCGUCUGACGCUUCUAUUGCAGAGCAGCUGCUUGUGUGCUGGAGAUGCCAGGUCUUUGCCGCGGCCUGCUGCUUCAUUUGCCAGGUGCUCCUCGCAGGCUUCAGCCUGGCAUCGCUCCUUUUGGCCAUGGGCGGUGAGGAGGCGGCCACGGCCAGGCUUUGGCCAUACCAGGGUGGAGUUCUACAGGUACUGUCGCAGGUAUCAGCCCUGGGAAGUCUCCAAAACGCUUCGCGGGUGCUUCAGGCUUUCAAAAUCCCGGCGCCUUCCGAGGAGCAUUCUGCAGGUCUGCUGCUGAGGCGACUGAUGCUCACGAUUCUGCACAGCUCGGCCAACGUGGCUGUCAUCGUUGUCUGCGCGCUAGCGAGUUCUCGGACUGAGUCGCCUGGCCCAAGCUAUUCGCUUCUCCUCGCCCAGGGCCUGCUGGCCCAAGGCGCCUUUCUUUUCGGCCUGCCUGAGGCAGUCCGGCUAAUGUCCUCGUCACCGCGGCGCUUCUUUGAGAAGUCACCUGGAUUCGGCACAUAG